ACUAACCUAUAAAGUCGGUGAUUCUUCUACUCUCCUCGCGAAAGAGCUAACGUCCUUAUCUCUGAUUUUAAAACGAGUUUUUGUGAAUUUUAAGCUUUCAACACAUCACAUUGGACAUUAUACACGUUUCAACUACACCUCUCUCUAACAUUCGUGUAACGUAUCAAACAUGUAACGGUAAAUUUGCGAUGCAGUAGGGUAUAAUUACAAUAAAGUGGAAUAUUCGUCGAACAGAGAGAUUGACAAAGAUCUAGCGAAUUGUGCGUAAGAAUGUCGCAACAAAGUGCUAUCGUGCAAACAACUAACACAGGUUCCGAGAUGACACCCAUGCUCGGAACUUUGCAGUCUGUAGGUCCUAAUAAUCAGGCAUCCUCGGUUCUGCCCAAUAUGCAAAGCAAUGUCAGUGGCACCACGACAACUACUAUAGCACAGACGCAAUCUCAACAAACACAAUACGUUUCGCAGUCUCCGAAACAAGUAUUACAACAAUCAUCCACUCCAAGUUCCUUCAGCGAUUUUCCACAAUUUUUAACAAAAACAAGAUUACAAGAUUUGGUAAGGGAAGUAGAUCCUACCGAACAGUUGGAUGAAGAAGUGGAGGAAAUGCUUUUACAGUUAGCGGACGAUUUUGUAGAAACAACGGUAAAUGCAGCUUGUCUAUUGGCUAAGCAUCGUCAUGCGAAUACAGUGGAAGUUAAAGAUGUACAGUUACAUCUGGAAAGAAAUUGGAACAUGUGGAUCCCUGGUUUUGGUACAGAUGAAGUACGUCCAUAUAAACGUGCUACUGUCACUGAAGCACAUAAACAAAGAUUAGCACUUAUACGAAAAUCUAUCAAAAAGUAUUGAAUCAUUUCUAAGUUACAUUUCAUUAAUUUUAAUUAUCAAACUAUUAUAUCUUGUAUAUUUUUAAUUACUGUUGCCUGAUAGUUUAGAAUAAUUAAAAUAUUCAUCACACAUCAAUUUUUUUCCACAAA